AUGAUGCAGUUGAUCACGUCCGUCUUUGUCUUGACUAUUGGCAUUCAGCUCAGUCUAUCUACACCAGUUUCUAAAUAUAUUGGUGGGUCUCAAGCUCGGUGUAGACUUGCUAAAGACCCGGGUCCAUGUAAAGCUGCUAUUCGUCGCUACUACUUUGACAGCAAGCAGCAGAAAUGUCUCCAGUUUACGUAUGGUGGCUGCAAAGGAAAUGCCAACAAUUUUAAGAGUCUUGAAGAGUGCAGCAGAGCAUGUUGCAAGACUAGGACUGGUGUUGUUCCUGUUGGUACACAAUUUCAAAAGAGUGAUUGUGAGACAUGCACGUGUGUCUGGGACUCCAGGCUGAGAAAAGUGCGUGAGAUCUGUGCUGUAGCGUCUUGUGCUCAUCCACCAUGUACAUAUCCUGUAAAAGUAAAGGGCCAGUGCUGUCCUGUCUGCCCUCGAGUUUGUGAGCCAAAUCCGUGCAGAAAUGGACUUUGUGUUCAAGAUCGCAGUCGAGAUGGAUUUCAUUGUGAUUGCCAGGCUGGUUAUACCGGUCGUCUUUGCAAUAUUGACAUUGACGAAUGUGCAUCCUACCCUUGCCAGAAUGGUGGCAGAUGUGUUGAUCGUGUGAAUGGGUUUGAGUGCAGAUGUGCAGACGGUUUUGAAGGGUCGUUGUGCCAGACCAACAUUGAUGAGUGUGCAUCUGAUCCAUGCCAGAACGAUGGUACAUGUGUAGAUCAGGUCGACAGUUUCAUGUGCCGAUGCCAGGAAGGUUAUGUUGGUGAUGUGUGUGAAUUGAACAUCGAUGAGUGUGAAUCUAAUCCUUGUCGUAAUGGAGGGACAUGCUUGGAUCGUAUUGCUGGUUUCGUGUGUGAAUGUGCUGAUGGAUAUGAGGGAGAUCUCUGUGAAGAUGAGACAAACGAAUGCGAAUCCGAUCCAUGCCAGAAUGGAGCGACUUGUGUUGAUGGUCUAGAUGGAUUUUCGUGUGAUUGUGCUGAAGGCUAUGAGGGUGAUUUGUGUGAACAAGAUAUCAAUGAAUGUGCUUCUGAUCCAUGUGAGAACGGUGGUGUGUGCAAUGAUCAGGUGAAUGGCUUUACCUGUGAUUGUCAAGCAGGUUAUGAUGGUGAAACGUGUGAAAACAAUAUUAAUGAGUGUGAGUCUAACCCUUGCCAAAACGGAGGCCAAUGCAUCGACCAGAUUGCACAAUUCGAAUGUGACUGCGACGAUGGAUAUGAGGGAGAUGUGUGUGACCAAGAUAUUAAUGAAUGUGCCUCUGAUCCGUGUGAAAAUGGUGGAACAUGUGUGGAUGGAGUAAAUAGUUUUGAAUGCCAGUGUGUGCUGGGAUAUGAAGGAGACGUGUGUGAAGAAAAUAUUGAUGACUGUGAUCCCAAUCCCUGCCAGAAUGGAGGUGUGUGCAAUGAUCAGGUGAACGGCUUCACCUGUGAUUGUCAAGCUGGUUAUGAUGGUGACAGGUGUGAAAAUAACAUUAAUGAGUGUGAGUCAAACCCGUGUCAGAAUGAAGGUGAAUGCAUUGAUCAGAUUGCUCGAUUUGAAUGCAACUGUGCUGAAGGAUAUGAGGGAGACGUGUGUGACCAGAAUAUUGAUGAAUGUGCUUCUGAUCCAUGUGAAAACGAUGGUACAUGUGUGGAUCAAGUCAAUGGUUUUGAGUGCCAAUGUGCUCCUGGAUAUGAAGGCGAACAGUGUGAAGAAGACAUUAAUGACUGUGAUCCCAAUCCAUGCCAAAACGCUGGUGUGUGCAAUGAUCAGGUAAACGGCUUUACCUGUGAUUGUCAAGCUGGUUAUGAUGGUGACGUGUGUGAAAAUAACAUUGAUGAGUGUGAGUCAAACCCGUGUCAGAAUGGAGGUGAAUGCAUCGACCAGAUUGCUCGAUUUGAAUGCAACUGUGCUGACGGAUAUGAGGGAGACGUGUGUGAUCAGAAUAUUGACGAAUGUGCUUCUGAUCCAUGUGAGAACGGUGGUACAUGUGUGGACCAAGUGAAUGGCUUCGAGUGCCAGUGUGCUCUUGGCUAUGAAGGUGAACAGUGUGAAGAAGGUAUGAAAAUCAAUCCUGGCCAACUGAAGCAGAUUUUUAAUAAAAGAGUGUAUUUUUUCAUGUGUGUAGACAUUAACGACUGUGAUCCCAAUCCAUGCCAAAAUGGUGGUGUAUGCAAUGAUCAGGUAAACGGCUUUACCUGUGAUUGUCAAGCUGGUUAUGAUGGUGACGUCUGUGAAAACAACAUUGAUGAGUGUGAAUCAAACCCGUGUCAGAAUGGAGGUGAAUGCAUCGACCAGAUUGCUCGAUUUGAAUGCAACUGUGCUGACGGAUAUGAGGGAGACGUGUGUGACCAGAAUAUUGAUGAAUGUGCUUCUGAUCCAUGUGAGAACGGUGGUACAUGUGUGGACCAAGUGAAUGGCUUCGAGUGCCAAUGUGCUCCUGGAUAUGAGGGCGAACAGUGUGAAGAAGACAUCAAUGACUGUGAUCCCAAUCCCUGCCAGAACGGUGGUAUGUGCAAUGACCAGGUGAACGGCUUUACCUGUGACUGUCAAGCAGGUUAUGAUGGUGACGUGUGUGAAAAUAAUAUCAAUGAGUGUGAGUCAGACCCGUGUCAAAAUGGAGGUGAAUGCAUCGACCAGAUUGCCCGAUUUGAAUGCAACUGUGCUGAUGGAUAUGAGGGAGACGUGUGUGACCAAAAUAUCGACGAAUGUGCUUCUGAUCCAUGCGAGAACGAUGGUACAUGUGUGGACCAAGUGAAUGGCUUCGAGUGCCAGUGCGCUCCUGGCUAUGAGGGCGAACAGUGCGAACAAAAUACUGACGACUGCGAUCCUAAUCCAUGUCAGAACAAUGGCCAAUGUGUUGACCUAGUGAACGGAUUCGAGUGCGAGUGUGCACCCGGUUACGAUGGAGAUCGAUGUCAAAACAAUGUGGACGAGUGUGCCUCCGAUCCUUGUAUGAACGACGGCACUUGCAUCGAUCAGAUCAACAGUUUCCGGUGUCAGUGCAAGAAAGGAUUCGGUGGUCGUGUUUGUGAAAAAGUGGUCGAUCCUUGCUGGGUGAACAACCCGUGCAAGAACAAUGGCAAGUGCGUCAACGCUGGCAACAAGGCCGUGUGCCGAUGUCGACCCGAAUUCACUGGACAAUAUUGUGAGACUAAAAUCGUGAAAAAUCCGUGCGACGAUCAUCGUUGCGGUCAGUACGAGGUGUGCAAGGUGUACAAGGGAAAGGGUUAUUGCACAGGAUCGUGUGAAAGGAAUGGCCUUGGCAAGUGCAACAGUUACCAGCGAUGCCAACUGAAGCCGGUUUAUUGUGCUUACAAGCCGUGCCAGCAGAAGGUCUAUUGUGUCUACUGAGCUGUACGUCACACGAAGAUUCGAUGAAAGGUUUUUGCUCUGUUUGUUGCUGAUGUGGAUUCUAGAGGUUUUUGUGGUGUAUCUGGUCAUGUGAUCAAUAAAUGUAUGUUUCUGUCUUGAUAUUUGUCUAUUGGGUAUCGUACAUAGAUGUUAUACUGAUACAUAUCAACGUGUGCGUGCACACACACACAUGCACACACGCACACCACACACACAUGCACACACACACAUGCACACACGCACACCACACACACAUGCACACAC